AUGGCUCCCUCAUUGAAAGAUGUCUGGUCCAAAGAUGCCGUCAAGGAUAAGCCGCUUGGCAUUGUGAUCCUCGUCCUAGCGGUCGCCUUAGUGGGGCUCAGCCUCCACGAUAAAUACGGCCCAGUCGUCCGUAUUGGCACCGACGAAGUAUCCAUCUCCGAAUGGACCGCCUACCGCGCCAUAUACAGCCACAAGGGGAGCAAUAAGACUGUUCAUUUCUACGAGGACACCAAGCUCGCCACGAACGGGCCAGGAAACAUCUUCACGUUUCACAGCAAAGACGCACACUCCGCCCGCCGCAAGCUUCAGAACCCUGUCUUCUCACAGCAAGCCGUGCUCGAAAACGAAAGCUUCAUAGCCGAAAAGGCGGAUGUACUGGUCCGACGAAUGAUCAACGCUGAUAGCAACAAUGCUCAGAGCAAGACCAACACGACCGCUGACGUCUUCCUGCUCGACGGCCUUUUCAGCCUCGAAGUUAUCCUCAAAUGCGCAUUCAAUAGACACUACGGCGACUCCCCCGCCGGCGACUCGCUCACGUAUCUCCGCGCCAUGGACAGCAGCGCGGUGGGAAUCCAGGUCCGCGCGGCACUGCCAUUCAUCACACGUGCCGUCGGCCGCCAUAUCCCAGGUUUUGUGGGCCGGUCCUACCGAGGCUGGGAUCUGUGGGAGACUAUGACCCGGACACUGGUGGAGGGAUUUCAAGCGAAUGAGGCCGCGCACGACACCAGACAACGGUUCAUGGCGACGCCGGCCAUUGUGAAUGAAGACUCUUUCCUGGGCAGAAAACUGAGCCAGCCCGAAUUGAUCGACGAGAUGAUGAGCAUUGCCUUUGCGGGAUCCGGCACCACAAGCACCACCCUGACCUACUUGAUGUGGUCUCUUGCACAGGAUCCAGUGAGGCAGGAGCGUCUGAGGGAGGAACUCGACGCCGUGGGCGAAAAGGCCGGUCUUAGUGAGCUGCAAGACCUGCCCUUUUUGAACGCGGUGAUCAAGGAGACUUUCCGGCUUUAUCCUACGAUCAUAUCUACGCUGCCAAGGGUGUUGGAGCAACCACUCACGGUGGAUAAGUACGUCUUGCCACAGGGCACGUUCGUGGGCAUGCAGAAUUACGUGCACCAUCGGGAUGCGAAGUUGUUCGCACACCCGGACGAGUUCUGGCCGGAACGGUGGCUCGAUGCACAUGGCGCAAGGGUGAAAGAUAUGAAUGCCGCAUUGACACCGUUCAGUCUGGGCCCAAGGAAUUGUAUUGGCCAGAACCUGGCGAGGGCGGAACUGUAUAUCGCGACCAGUAAGGUGUUUAGGAAGCUGAGGCUGAGUGUCAAUGGGGCCAUGACGAUGUGGGAUAUGGAGAUGGAGGACAGGUUUAACAUCGCGCCGAAGGGGAGGAGAUGUCUGCUUGAUGUAGAGGUUUUGAAUUAG